GGCUUUAACGCGGGCGCUGGCAGCGGGAGGGGACAGCGGUGCCAGCUCCGGCCCGGGGCCGUGGCACAGCCCUCGGGAGGGGACAGCAGUGCCAGCUCCGGCCCGGAGCCGCGGCACAGCCCUCGCUGCCAUGGACAGCCGAAGCCUCCUCGCCCUCCUGGCCGCUGCCCUGGCCGCCCUCCUGCCGCCCCCCGCCGCCUCCUCGGCCCACCGCAAGCUCCUGGUGUUCCUGCUCGACGGCUUCCGCUUCGACUACAUCGAUGACAGCGAGCUGGACGGGCUGCCGGGCUUUCGGCAAAUUGUGAACAUGGGGGUGAAGGUGGAUUACAUGACCCCGGACUUCCCCAGCCUCUCUUACCCCAAUUACUACACACUGAUGACGGGUCGCCACUGCGAGGUCCAUCAGAUGACUGGAAACUACAUGUGGGACCAGAAAGCAAAUGUAUCUUUUGAUAUUGGUGUGAAUAAAGAAAGCCUGCUGCCUCUCUGGUGGAAUGGAUCAGAGCCUUUGUGGGUCACAAUGAUGAAAGCUAAGAAGAAUGUUUCCAUGUACUACUGGCCAGGUUGCGAGGUCGAAAUCCUUGGAGUCAGACCAAGUUACUGCCGCGAGUACUUCAGUGUCCCAACAGACAAAAACUUCGCAGACGCCAUCAGCGAUGCCCUCGAGUCUCUGUGCAACAACAGCGCCGAGAUGGCGGCGGUGUACUACGAGCGCAUUGAUGUGGAGGGCCACCACUACGGCCCCUCGUCCCAGCAGCGCAAGAACGCUUUGAAGGAAGUGGACAAAGCCUUGAGCAACAUGAUCUCACUCAUCAAGAGCAAAGGUCUUCAGAACGAUAUCAAUGUCCUCCUCUUCUCUGAUCAUGGGAUGACAGACAUCUCUUGGGCAGAUAAAGUGAUUGAGCUGAAAAACUAUAUCAAUAUGAGCGACACCAUACAAAUGAAGGACCGAGGUCCUGUUGUGAGCCUCUGGCCAACUCCAGAGAAGCAUGCAGAGAUAUAUCAAAAAUUGAAAGCUGUGGAACACAUGGAUGUUUACAAUAUACAGGAUAUUCCAAACAGGUUUUUCUACAAAAAAGGAAAAUUUGUGUCUCCACUGACUCUUGUGGCUGAAGAAGGAUGGUUCAUAGUAGAGAGCAGGGACAAGCUGCCCUACUGGGAAAAUGGGACAGGGAAGAAGGAGGCCUGGCAGAAUGGCUGGCAUGGCUACGACAAUGAGCUCAUGGACAUGAGAGGCUUCUUCCUCGCAUAUGGACCAGAUUUCCGAUCCAACUAUCGAGCGCCUCCCAUCAGAUCCGUGGAUGUUUACAACAUCAUGUGCAGCCUGGCAGGAGUACAGCCACUGCCCAACAAUGGCUCCUGGUCCAGGGUGGAGUGCAUGCUCCGAAACACAGCCCCCUUGGCACCGCUCCCCCCAUGCAGCAGCUGUGUCCUGGCACUAGCUCUGCUCUCCCUGUUCGCCAGGCAGAUCUCCUUACUGUGAUCCCUGAACAAUGUCAGUCAGUGUCACCAGCAAUUCUAUCCUUCUCUGUUCGUUUUUUUAAAGUUCUUCAUUUGGAUAAUAGCUUCAUUAAUAGAGUGCUGUCCCCCACUCCCCCAUUGUGCUCCACCAGGCAUGAAUCUGACCCAUUCUGCAUUUACAAUGGUUUUAACAUGAAGCCAGGUUUUGUGCUGCUCCAAACACAGCCAGGGACAAUGGUGUGACUCACCUAGAUUUACAGCACUAGCAGUAAGAACAGAAUCUGGCUGGCUAUCCACAAAGUUUUCUGGUGGGUGCACAUGGGGAUCUCUCAACAACAAACAUAUCUCACCGCAGCAUCUUUCACUGAGGAGCUCACCCUCAUGGCUCACCAUACUGAGAAGUUCAGGAGUGGAGACCAACCUCUUUGCAUUUAGCUGGGUUCAUCCUGGUUCAUCCCUUCAGCUCCAGCUCCACCAGCAGCAGAGCUCCAUCUUCUCCUUACAGCGUCAGCCUAGCCCUGCCUAUACAGACACAGUAUUCAAAGAUCCAAGAGCUUUGCUGACGGAUCAUAAUGCCGAGAGGUGGAUCAGCAGGAGAGCAGUGAGAGAUCCUACUUCUCUCAGCCUUUCCUUCUUUAUUUUCAUCAACAUGAGUACUGGCUCUGCCCGUUUCCAGGGCCAGGAUUUCCUCAUGGACCACAGCAGAGGGUAGGGCUGCGAAUGAGAAAAGUGACAGAAACCCUCCACUUCAAAGCCAGUGGGAAAAUGAAUAGACAUCUUGGCACAUGAGGGUCAGGAGGACAUAGGAUGAGGAAGCCUGGCAUUUAACAGCCUCUCUGCUUUUCCUGAUGAAGACAUCAUCUGAUCAUGUUUUGAUGUUUUAUAUCCAACUGCAUUUCUGAAGGUUUUUCAACACUUACUGCUCUUCUACCAGCUUUUGCUCUCCACACCUCUGCCUGGUGAUCAGCACAUUUCUCUUUAUUCUGCAUCAGGGAGAGGGGUCUACACUGAUAGAUCUCCCACCCUCCAAGCUAAUCCUGGUGAUUAUUUCCACCAUGUGCUAUCAAGCACAAGCAAAGUUGUAACAGCAAAGUUAAAUUAAACAGCAGGCGAGGAUAGAGCUGUUGCCAGAGGUGCCUUUGGGAGUGCACAGCACUUUAUCUGAUAUACCUCUGAACCAGGAGCUUUCAGCAACAAACUGCCUUUGGAAGGAUUGAGGUCCCUCCCCACGUAAAAGAAACCUCUAGGACGUACUACUCUACUGGAUCCAGAGACACGAUCCGGGUAUGUGUGGUACAGUGCAUUUAAGGGUGAAUAAUUACACUGUGGGGGGAAAAAAAACAAACACCAAAUUAAACUUGACAAAAGACUUCUGUAAUAGCUGUAAAGAUUUAUGUAAUGUGUUUUUAAAGCUCAAGUGAACCAUCAAAUCAAUUGGGAGAAAAAUGGAAAAAAUCAGGCUUUGUUAUUAGACUGUUGAGUAUAAAAGGCAAUUUAGUGCUUUCGAAGCAUUUGCAGUAGCUGUAAAACAAGCACCUAUUGUUCAGAGUUCCCUGUUGCUCUUUAAUGGACCAGGCUCAAUGAAAAAUCACUGGAGCACAUUUUUAAAGAAAAAAAAAAAAUAAAAGGAAAAAAGAAGAAAAAAAGAAAAAAAACCCCAACAGCAUACAAGAUAACCAAAUUACCAAGUUUGGUCUGAAAAUCAUCGAGAUAGACACCAUCAGUGCCUGCUAACCCCUCCACAACGUGCCGUUUUAAGUCUUAGCAGCGAGCAGAAGCCAAGGUCUUCUUACAGAAGAAACUGAAGGUAUAAGGGUAUAUUUGCCUCCUCAGGUAUACAAACAGAAAUUGAAAUUAACAAAUUAGGUCCCUUGAAUCGUUCCACGGAUGGGCCAUGACAACACUGAUCCUUGUGAGAACUUUGUGUAACUAAUUUUUGUCAGUGUUCAUGUGCAAAUACUGAAGGGUAAAUCCAAUUGCAGUAUGAUUUGACUGACCUUAAUGCAAGCAUUGUGAGUAUGGUAAAAGAUACUUGGUCUGUAAAAGGAAAAUUUGAUGGCAGACCUUCAAGAAGCUCACUAACUUCAGGAGAACAACAGCUCGUUAUUUUUUGAAAAGUGCAUCUUUCUUCCUCAGAAAUGUCAUACCUCUGAAUCAGUUCACGUUCUCAUUCAAAAAUCAAGUGUCUUAACUCUCGCUUAUUUUUCUGUAUACUAUGCAAUGGAGGUGGGUGUAUUUUAAAACCUGUUUCUGAAUGAUGUUUUUAUACAAUGACUGAUUGUGAAUGAGUGAAUAAUUCUAAAAAUGGUGUUAGAAAAAGCACUUCUUUGUAAAUACUGUAAGAUUUUUGAAGAAAAAAACAGCCCAAAACCUUCCCUUCAACACUUUGCCUUUCUUGUCUAAUUGCUGCAUCAAAGUGUGAUAAACAGUGUUUGAAGCUUGUGCUGAUUAAUUAUCAGAAAGACGAAUGAUAACAUUGUUUAGAAAUGGCAAAGUUGUCAGCAUGUAAAUGAAGGACAUUAAAUGCAUCACACGAGAUAAUGUAGCUUGUAUAUGCAGCCCUUUUUUCCAGAUGUAUUUAAUUGUUUAACCUUUUGAACAUCCAUUCAGGAACAUGUCAUUCCCACUAGGCAAUGGAUGUGACAAAACAUUUUGCACUUCUAAGAAGAGAAGUGGAUGCUCUCUCCAGACCCACUUCUCUAAGCCCACUGUGUCACCAUCACAUCAGCUGCUUGCACAGAAAUUAAGAGCAUUGUCACAGGUAUGAGGGUGCACUAAGCUAAGGCUCUCCAGAGCACCCCUUUCCCAGUGGGAGAUAUUGUAAAUGUCAACAAGACCUUGAAAAUCAAUGCUACAGGCCUCGAGAACAAGGGGGCCCUACUCCAUUCUAAGCUCCACAAACCAACAAUGCCCACGGAAGAGACUAAUUUAAUAGCAAUAAGUCUCCAAACCUACUGAGUAGAAUUUGUCUCAUUUUCCUUAUAUUAACUGACCACAGAGCAGGGAGUGGAUGAUGGAAGAGGACCAAUGCAGGUAUACCAGGGAGUCCUUUAAUUCACAUCAGAAUUCCCUCUGAACAAGUAGCACUGCCAAGGUCUGCCAGACAUGCUCCCCUCACAUUCCAUGAACAUGGGUCCUCAGAAAAGAAAGGUGCUGAGGAACUGUCUGCACGGGAAUAAGUCUCAGUCAGCUCCCCAUAACAGUGCCAAGAAUGGCAAUUUCACAGCUAAAUAAGCUGAGCCCUUCUUACCAAUGACCUUGGUGGCCAUGCAAAUGGCAUGGCUGGCUGAGGCUCAGCAGGUGAGCCCUCCUGCAUCCCUCUGGAUGCAACCUGCACCCUUCACAAGUACGGAGACUUCACAAAUAAGGGGUGAAUGAGAAGGUUUUGUGGUGCUGGCCAUCUUCCUUGUCUCCUAACUAAUGUAUCACAAUGUAUCACAAAAUCACAGAGUAUUCUGAACCCACAAGGAUGAUCAAGUCCAACUCCUGGGCCUGGACAGGAUGAUCCCCAAGAGUCACACCAUGUCCCCGUAUUGUCCAAAUGCUUCUCGAACUCUGUCAGGCUUGGUGCUGCGGCACCUGUCAGAUGUUAACCCGGGGGGAGUGCAGACCACACCAGCUCUGGCCACUGGGAAGUGAAAGGCACUGGAAAAGCUCCGUGUAACAUUUCCUCACCAGAGAGGGGCAGGUCGCAGCAAAUCCAACAGGAAAUUUUUUUAAGAAAACACGGCCUAAUGAAGAGGAAGGUUUGAAACCCUGCAUUUUAGCAUAAGAAGCUUUUAACAGCUGUUUUAAAACACAGCUUGUACAAACCCAGAAAAACAUUUUUUGUGUAAGUAACGAAACACAUAUAAGUCAAGGGAAGGUUUAAAAAUAAAGAACAUUUCAGAAUUACAGUUGACUGGACGGAGUAAUUCUCAAGCUUCAUAGAGAUGGAUUGUAUGGAUUAUUCUGGUAUUUCAAAUGCAU